UCCCGAAGGCCUGGCGGGUCUGGAGAGGGAGUUGAGCGGGCUGUGCCUGGGAGCUGUCCGCGGGCGCGCAGCGCGGCGCUAGGACCUGGGCAGCCCCGACCAGCGCCGCGCGGGUCGCUGCGAGGCCGGCCGCCCGGCAUGUGCGGUGGCUCAGCGCAGCCCGGGGCUCCGCGGGACAACGCUGGGAGGACCUGCAGGACGCUGUUCCGCUCCAGGAUCCCCACUCGAGUCGGGGGAGGAGGCGGCGCCGAAGCCGCAGAGCUCCCGCACAGCUGGCCAUGCUCGGAGCUGGACCUGAGUGAGAUCCGUCUGCUGGUUUACCAGGACUGCGAACGGAGGGGCCGGCAAGUCCUGUUUGACUCCAAAGCAGUUCAAGGGACGGAAGCGGUGGCAGCACAGAACACAGAGGAUGUGCCCGUUCGGGAGUCAGCCUCAUGCUGCCGGGGUGGCGGUGGUGGCGCAUCACCCCAUGGUUCCCCUGGCCGGUCUCUGCAGCACGCCACAGAGCAACUCCCCAAAUACCAGUACAGCAGGCCGGCGUCCGACGUCAGCAUGCUGGGGGAGAUGAUGUUCGGCUCGGUCGCCAUGAGUUACCGAGGCCCCACGCUGAAGAUCCACCACAUUCGCUCCCCGCCCCAGCUGAUGGUCAGCAAGGUCUUCUCCACCAGGGCCGGCAGCCUCUGCGGAAGCACCAACAACUUGCAAGACAGCUUUGAGUCCAUCAGCCAGGACCCUGGUUUGGGAAAGCUGAACACGAGUCACAGCAGUCUGGGUCCUUGUCGUGCCGGCAGCAACCUCGGUCUGCCGCAGGCUGGCAGCAGCAGGCCACCAGGGGUGGCGGAAGCAGGACCCCUCCGGCUCACCCGGAGCGCGUCUUUCUUGGCAGCUCACAGCACACCAGUCGACAUGCCAAGCCGUGGCCACCAUGAGGACAGGGACAGCGGCAUCGCCCGAUCAGCCUCGCUCAGCAGCCUGCUGAUCACGCCGCUGCCGUCGCCCAGCUCCUCCGCGUCGUCCUCCAGCAGCUACCAGCGCCGCUGGCUGCGCAGUCAGACCACCAGCUUGGAGAAUGGCGUCGUCCCCCGGCGGUCAGCCGACGAGACGUUCAGCUUGGCCGACGAGACCUGCAGCUCCAACCCUGCCAUAGCCAGGAGGAAGAAAGUGGCCGUCAGCGUCAUCUUUUCCCUGUGUGAGAAGGAAGAGGCACAGAGGGACUUCCAGGAAUUCUUCUUUUCCCACUUCCCCCUGUUUGAGUCUCACAUGAACAGGCUGAAGAGUGCCAUCGAAAAGGCCAUGACCUCCUGCCGGAAGGUGGCAGAGUCCAGUCUGCGCGUCCAGCUCUAUGUCAGCUGCCUCAUGGGAGCACUGGGAGAAUUCAGAGGGACAAUCUGGAACCUGUACUCCGUUCCCAGGAUCCCAGAGCCCGUGUGGCUCACCAUGAUGUCCAGCACUUCAGAAAGAACCCAGGUGUGCCAGCGCUUUCUCAGGGAGUUCACACUGCUGAUCGAGCAGAUCAAUAAAAACCAGUUCUUUGCGGCCUUGCUGACCGCCGUGCUGACCUACCACCUGGCUUGGGUGCCGACCGUCAUGCCUGUUGACCAUCCUCCUCUCAAGGGCUUCUCAGAGAGCCGCAGCUCCCAGUCGGUGAGCAUGUUGGCCAGAACCCAUCCAUACAAUCCUCUGUGGGCACAGCUCGGUGACCUGUACGGCGCCAUCGGCUCCCCAGUGAGGCUGACCCGCACCGUGGUGGUGGGCAAGCAGAAGGAGCUGGUGCAGCGUGUCCUGUACGUGCUGACCUACUUCGUGCGCUGCUCCGAGCUCCAGGAGAACCAGCUCACCUGCAGUGGGCCCUGGAGCGAGGACGGCCAGGCCCUGAACGGGAGCGAGCUUGAGACGGCCCUGGAGAAAGGCGAGGUGGAGGAGUCGGAGUACGUGGUGGUGACAGUGAGAAGCCAGCCUGCCCUUCUGCCCCCCGGCCUCCCGCUCAGCACCGCUGGCAAGAGGGGCCCAGUGCCCGCAGGGCCUGCAGGGGACUCGGACACCAGAGACCUGGAUGCCAGACUUGACCAAGAAGGAAACACGGGGCCAGAACAGAGCUCGGCAGUUGGUGGCCCAGGGCCGCAGGAACCAGCCCUGGGCAGCUGUGGGAAACCUCAGAGGCUUUCCAGGGACGACAUCCUGAGGGCAGGUGGGGAGGUCAACCAGCCAGCCGCCAGCCAGGUGCCGAGAGGAGAGAUGUCCAGGAGAACACUGGCCCGGUCAGCUGCCUGGCUGUGCCCCAACAAACCUCCCCGAGAGGGGGCUCCUGCAGCCAAGGUCACCUUCCACAUCGGCAGCUCGCUGUCCCCAGAGUCGGACUUGGAAAGCUGCUCACAGACCCUGGGGGCAGGGCUGCAGUGUCUGGGGCUGGCCCCACCCCCAACUUCAGCCCAGCAGGGGCCAGGGUGCCUGCACAGCCCUGGCCGCCACAGGAACACCUGCCGUCCGCAGAGUCGGUCUCCUGCAGGGCCCCGAGGGGAGUCUGGCAGGGGGAGUGGGACCACCACUGCUGGGCAGCCCCCCAAGACUGCGCCCUGGGCUGCACCCUCCAGUGGCGCAGCAGGAACAGGCAAGAGACCACGAGAGGAGCCUUCCCCAGACCGGCGUGCCUGGCCAGUUUCUGGCGUUGGGGUGGCCAUGGGUGUCCCCUGUGGGGACGCUGUUGGGAAGGCCGACCUGAGGAUCCAAGGAGACAUCCCCAGGAGCGAGAGCUUGGACAGCGCUCUCGGCGGCAGUGACGAUGAGGUCUGUCCCCAGGCCACAGUGGAGCCGGGCCAGUGCGGGGACAGGACUGCAGCUUCCUUGGAGGUGGAGCUGCCACUGCCAUGGGCUCGGAGUUUCAGCAGCCAGAGCGUCCGGAACUUCGGCCGCUCAUUGCUGGCAGGGUACUGCCCCACAUACCUGCCCGACCUGGUGCUGCACGGGACCAGCAGCGAUGAUCGGCUGCGGCAGUGCCUGCCAGCUGACCUGGCUCACGCCGUGCAGCACCCGGUGCUCGACGAGCCGAUCGCUGAGGCCCUGUGCAUCGUCGCGGACACGGACAGGGGGACCGUGCAGGUGGCCACGAGCCAGAGGAAGGCAGCGGAGCCAGGGAAGUUGGGCCAGGACGUGCUGGUCUCCAGCCUGGUGUCCGGCCUGCUGCAGUCCAUCCUGCAGCUCCACAAGCUGCGUGUCCCCGCCACCUUUUGUGUUGCACACCUGGAGGACAGGCUGCAAGAGCUGUACCUCAAGAGCAAGAUGCUGUCCGAGUACCUCCGGGGACACACGCGCGUCCACGUCAGAGAGCUGGGCAUCGUGCUGGGGAUCGAAGCUAGCGACCUCCCUCUGCUGGCUGCAGUGGCCAGCACACACUCCCCACACGUGGCCCAGAUCCUCCUGUGAGCUGGCGCUCAGGGUGCUGCUUCCUGGGGACCGUCGGAGCUCGGCUGCAGACAGCGUGUGCUUGGGACGGUGCGCACACCAGGGGCAGAUGGAGCCGUCACCCGCUGCGUGUCGUCCUGGUGCGUGAUCCAGCAGAUGCUCUCUCGAAGCUGAGGCUUACCUCACAGGUGAUGGCUGUCCAAGCGCCGUGGGCCUGACUGUGACUCAGCAGAGUCGGCCUUCCCGGGAGAGGAGACGGCGCUGCCCCGGACACUAAGCUGCUGUGCCGCUGCCUCGUGCUGCUGGGCAGGCUAGUGUCAGUGGCUGGGAGGGAGGGACCUGUGUCUGUGACAUUCCAGUGGGACAUUGUCUCUGAGCUGAGCUGAGCUCUGCCCUGGAGAAAGCAGACUCCGCCACCCUGGGAGGCCGUCAGGAGAGGACCUUGGGCUCCAGUCAGGGCUGCCUUGGGCCGGAAGUGGGGCCAGAAAGCUGACUCGUGCCACCCUCGGCUCCAGUGGCCUCAGCAGGCGCUGGUUGGUGUGGACGUGAGAGUCAACCUCCCGCUGGGAAGGGGGUUGCUUGAGGGACCCGCUGUCCACGUCUCCAAGUUGACGCCGCCACAAGUAGGCCAGAGAGCUUGUGGGGCGGAACCCCAGAACCACUGGGGCAUCUCAUGCCCGUCUGGACGCAGGCAGAGUGGCAAGUGUGCGGUCUGACCCGUCAUCUCCUCUCUCCUCCGAGCGCUAGCCGCUUCUGAGAGGCUCAGCAAAGGGAUGGUCCCGGCUCACGGGCGUCUCCGUAGGUGCACCUUGCCGGCCACAGCCAUGUUCUCCUGCCCUACUUACUCCGGGUGGCUGUGCUCUGAAGGGUACAGCUGUCCUGGUCUGGAGGCCGCAGCCGUCCAGGGCGACCACAGACGUCAGAUAGCCCUGCACAGGGAUCGGCUGUGCCUUCUGACCCCUGCGUGCUUUCCAGAUCGUCUGGAAGUGAGCUGUCCCACUCCGAAACCUGCCGGGACCAGGAGCUGUCUGCCACUCACUUCAGACAGACUGACCUUAGUUGUGUUAGUACAAACCAAACCGUUUACUGACCACAAAGCAGACCGUGUCUGACAUCCAGGGUAGUGGCAUUUUGUGGACGUGGGCCAUCGGGGAGCGCCGUUCACCUCCUGAAGCACAUCGCUCGCACUGUGUGGACCCGCUGCAGCUUGGCGGCCAGCGGGCUUCCUCUCCCCGCUCUGGGCGUCCACCUCGCCUUUCCUGCCCUCGCCCGUGGCUAGCAGGAAGGAACCACCUCCUGAGGGCUGGAGGGACUUCAGUUAUUUAAUGAAACAGGAAGUACAUAAGGAGCGCCUGAAUUUGUUUGUUUGUUUGUUUGUUUGUAACAAGUGGAAGUCCAUGGUUCCGAGGAGUAGACCACCAGUACUGAUGGAGAAAAACAAGUGUGUUGUUUUCUAGGACCAGGCCAAGACAGCUGUUUUUUUUAAUACAUUUUCACAGGGUCUUGCUAAAUAGCACGAGCCUUCCACCCCAUCCUCCUAGACUCAUGCCUGCACCAUCGCACCUGGUCUUUAAGAUGGGCGUGGAACCAAACCCGGGCCGCCCAUGGCCUUGGCCUGCCCAGGAGCUGUGUCAGCAGCACCUGCUGUCCCGGCCGGGCCUCCCUGGGCCGCCUAGUCCACAGCACAGGUGUGGGUGGGCGAGGAGGGCAGCAGGCGCUGGGAGCGACCAGCCCGGAGGCUGCUGUUCUGCUUCCCGCCGGGCUGCAUGCUGUCCUGGGUGUUCUGGAGGGAGCAGGUGCCUGGGCCCAGCUCCCACGUCGGGUGAGUGCUUUACAAGUGGGAUGGCCAGCCGCGGCCUCACUCAUGGCUCCUCUGUCCGCACCAGCCGGGCACUUCCUGGGCUCAGUUCCCAUCUUGUUGACUGCUAUGUGCCCCUCCCUCGGUCACCUCCCUGGGUGCCCAGAGAGGACAGAGAGGACAGCUCUGGCCAAUGUGUGCUCAGCACCACGUUGACAGCUGACCCAUGUGGUGACACACUCGACCCCAGACAUAGAGAAUGUAGCCCAGCCCCCGCAAACCUGAGAAAGGUUCAUUUGCACCUAAUCUAGGGUUGGAAAACCCAGAUGGGCUUCCUGCCUGGGGGGCUCCAGAGUCCAGCUGGAACCGACCUUUGUGUCUGUCAUCUGCAGACAGACUAGGGUGUCGGUUCGGUUAGGUCCUCUUCUGAACAUUUUCUUGGUCUCAAAUGCAGCCUUGUCCCAAAGGCGAAGAGGAAAGAACCCCUCCAGAUUUUGUCGGGCACCCCCUAUGGCUUCAGCCUGUCUCAGCCCAAGGGGCAGGAGAAGGACCCCACCCCAUGUGCCCACCUCAAGCAAAAUUAAAACUGAAAAAGAAAGCAAUCUACCUCAGGUGACAGGCUUCUCCUCUCAGGGUCUCUGCACCCCCAGCCCUGUGGGCUUGUCUCGCAGCCUGGCCACCUCCGUGGGCGAGCUCGGGGCAGCCGGUGCUGGCCGCCCUGCGUGGCCUCCCCUGCGUGCUGCAGUUUACGUGUGCGAUGUUGUAGGUGAUGCAGAUGUCAAGGUGACUGUGAGCGUGUCGUGAGUCGCCCCAUGCUUCUGCGUCAGUCAGAGUAGUUUAUUUUUGUCGGUGUUAAAUGGCUUUUGUACGGGCCGCCGUCCGUUCUCUGAAAGUCCUCGUUAUGUCGCAUCCCGUGGACCUGCCGUUCACGCGGUACAACUUUGAAACUUACCACGUCGUCCUAACGCUUUUUGGAGGGAGGGAUAUCCCCACUCCUUAGUGAUACUAAAUUUACGAUUAGGUCCCGAGGUUCUAUAAAAAUUUAAUCUGUAGCUUUUUAGGUUCCUCACCAGGGUUGGUUGUACAUAAACAUAAAGACUAUAAAGGGACCCCAACUCUUUUCAAUGUCCGGGUUUCCCAUGUUAUGUGCUUUGACCGUUAAAUGGAAGGAGGACUUCGGCUUCUCGGUUUUCAUUGUAUUUUAGGGAGGAUAUUUUAAUACGCUUUUUGCCUAAAUCAAGCAGCCCCUUUUGUUAAUUUUUCAAUGUCAAAGUACCGUGACUGUGUAUUUUAGAAUGAGAUCACAGUGCUGAAAGGUGUGGUGUUGAACGAGGAGGAACCCAGGGGUUUGUUAUCGAAGCACCAUUAAGAUAAACCAGUAGGGCCUGCUGUUUCGGACCAGUUGAGUACCGGUGUCUAUGUGUGGGACGUUUUUCUUGAGAACUUGUUCAUACUUUUUUUGUCCAUUUUUCUGUGGCAUUUGGUGCAAUAAACCUUUUGAAUUUAUCUUGAA